AUGUUAUGGACGCUGAAGAAUUUUUCGAUGAUGAAUAUUACAAUUUAUGAAUUUGAAAACGUUGAGGAGACGAACGAUGAGCUAAUGAUUGAGGAGCAUUUUUAUAAAGAACUGAUUGUGACAGAUCUAGCAAGAUGUGAAGGGAUCUUAUUGGGGGAAACAGAACUGAUUCAAGUUGAGCAUAAAAUAGACGAAAAAGAAAUUAUAAUUGGAGCAUUAUAUGGUUUAGACGAAGCUGGAGAGGAACUAUGCAGCGUGAUCAAAACGGAAAAAGCAAGUUGUGAUGGUGAUAGCAUAAGAAAUGUUGAGGCCAAGACUGGCGGGAAAAUAAGGAAACCAGCACACUCCAUUAACCGCGAAAAAUUAAAAAUGGAAGAAGGCGAAGAAUUUAAACACCUUGAAAGUUUUUCAUUCAAAUGCAAGAAAGAAACUCAGAACAUGAUAAACUGCACUAGAAAUAAGUGAACCUACAUCUGCAUAAUUUCGAGACAUGCGAAGAAAAAAAUUAAAAAGUUUAUAAACUGGAAUUUAGAAAAAAGCACUACAGUGAAGCAGGAAAUAUUGAAAUUAAGAGAAACUGAUAUACUAAAUUGAAGGAAGUUGGAGAUGGGUGAAACAAAAAACAAGGAAUAUAUUGGUGAAAAUGGAAAUAGUUGGAGCUGAAGAGGAAGAAAAAAGAAAAAUGAAUUUGAAAACUAUUGGUCCUGUAGAAGGGCGAUAACCGUCUAA